GUGAAUAAUUAUCCAAGAACUAAGAUAUUAUUAACUGUUCCUUUUCUUUCAUCUAUUUACCUCAAAUCCUACCUUCGAAAUUCGAAAACGAAGACAUGGCAGUGGCCUUGGUUGGCGGGGCAUUUCUCUCUGCAUCACUUCAAGUUCUGUUCGAUAGGAUGGCGUCUCAAGAACUCCUGGAUUUCGUUAGGGGAAAGAAACUGGAAAAGGGUUUGGUGAAGAAAUUGAAGCCGAUGCUGAUGUCUGUUAAAGCAGUUUUGGAUGAUGCUGAAGACAAGCAGAUAACCAACCCAAAUGUCAAAGAUUGGGUUUCUGAGCUUAAAGAUGCUGUUUAUGAUGCAGAGGACCUAUUCGACGAAAUUGCUACUGAAGUUCUUCGAAUCAGGUUGGAAUCCCAGGAUCAAAUUGCUUCAACCAAGGUAAAUCGCGUUAUUUCCUCUUUCAAUCCUUUCAAUAGAGGCAUGGAUUCUAAGUUAGAAGAUGUUCUUGAGAGAUUAGAAUCUUUAGUCUACCAAAAGGAUACUCUGGGUUUGAAAGAAUAUUAUAGAGGUAAGAAGGCAUUUCAAAGACCCGCUGCGACUUCUUUAGUGGAUGAAUCCGGUGUUUAUGGUAGAGACAAUGAAAAGGAAGCAAUAAUUAAGCUGUUGUGCUUAGAAAACGCUAGUGGAAAUCAGGUAGAUGUGAUUCCAAUUGUGGGUAUGGGCGGGGUUGGUAAAACCACCCUUGCACAAUUGGUCUACAAUGACAAGAGGGUGGAUGAGUGGUUUGACAUCAAAGCUUGGGUGUGUGUUUCGGAAGAAUUUGAUGCUUUCAGAAUAACCAGAACCUUACUUGAAGAGAUCACUUCUUGCUGUAGUGCGAGUCACAAUCUAAACCAGCUUCAACUUAAACUAAAAGAGCAGCUGUUGGGAAAGAAGUUUCUAUUCAUUUUGGAUGAUGUUUGGAAUGAGAAAUAUGUUGAUUGGGAAGAGUUGAGAAGUCCUUUCGGAUUUGGGGCGAAAAACAGCAAGAUUGUUGUAACUACUCGCAGUGAAAACGUUGCAUCCAUUAUGAGGACGGUUCCAACUUAUCCUCUUAAUAUCUUAUCCGAUGAGGAUUGCUGGGAGUUAUUUGCAAAACAUGCAUUUGUUGAUACAAGCCCGAGCAUGCAUCCAAAUUUGAAGAUGGUUGGUGAAGCAAUUGUUAGAAGAUGCAAAGGCCUCCCUCUAGCAGCAAAAGCGCUUGGAGGUCUUCUAAGGUGUAAUCUGGAUGUUGAUGAAUGGAAUAAAAUAUCGAACAACAAUUUGUGGGACAUAACAGAUGGUAUCCUUCCAGCCCUAAGAUUAAGUUAUUAUUAUCUUCCUUCUCAUUUGAAGCGUUGCUUUGCAUAUUGUUCACUUUUCCCGAAAGACUAUGAGUUCAAGAAAGAAGAACUUGUUCGAUUGUGGAUGGCUGAAGAUCUUUUGCUGCAUUUCAAUUCAAAAGAAGAUAUGGAAGAACAAGGUAAAGAGUACUUCAAAGAUUUAGCAUCGAGAUCUUUUUUUCACCAAUUCAGGGCAGAUAAAUCUUGUUUCGUCAUGCAUGACCUUGUCAGUGAUUUAGCUAAAUUUGUAGCUGGAGAGUUCUUUUGGAGAUUGGAAGGUUGUGAUAAUUUUUGUGUAAUAAAUCAAAAGGCACGUCAUUUAUCCAAUGUCCAAGAACAUUAUGAUGUGAGAAAGAAAUUUGAGACUUUACCUAAAGCCAAAGGCUUGCGUACAUUCCUGAGUUUAAAGUCAUUGCCUGGGAAUUCUUAUGUUACCAAUGACAUAAUGCAUGAUUUGAUAGCCAAAUCGAGGUUACGGGUACUUUCUUUGGCUAAAUAUUGCAAUAUCAAUGAAAUACCAAAAGAAAUUGGUAAGUUGAAGCAUCUGCGUAGUUUGAAUUUAUCAGGAACUUCAAUUAAAAGUUUGCCAAAUUCUUUGAGUACAUUGUAUAAUUUGCAAAUGUUGAUCUUGUUUCGUUGUAGUAAGCUUGUUGAGCUGCCUAAAGACAUUGGGAGACUGAUCAAUAUGUAUUAUCUCAAUAUCAAGGGAACAAGAUUAGCAGGGAUGCCAAAAGGAAUGAGUCAGUUGAAAGAUCUUCGAACAUUAACAGAUUUUGUUUUAGGCGAGCAAAAUGGUUCAAGUAUUAACGAAUUGGGAAAGCUCAAGAAUCUACAUGGAAGACUUGCCAUUUCAGGUUUAAAAAAUGUUGCAUGUGCAAGGGAUGCCAAAAAUGUCAAUUUGAAAGAUAAGAUUAAUCUUAAGGAGCUGGAAUUUCUAUGGAAGAAACAUACUUAUGGUAGUGAAGCACUUGGACAAUUUGAGAAUGAUAAAGAAGUGCUUCAACAACUGGAGCCUCAUACAAACUUGGAGCAUCUUCUAAUUGGGUUUUAUAGAGGUAUGAGAUUUCCAGAAUGGGUGGGACAUUCUUCAUUCUUAAAUGUAGUAUCUGUGCACUUAAGGGGUUGCAAAUUUUGCCUCUCCAUGCCACCGCUUGGGCAAUUGCCAUCUUUGAAAUCUCUCUCUAUUUCCGGGUUUAGUGCAGUAGUUACAGUUGGUGAUGAGUUCUAUGGAAGUGAUCAGUCUUUUACUAAACCAUUUGGAUCUCUUGAAAUUCUAAGAUUUGAGGAUAUGCUGGUGUGGAAAGAGUGGUCUUGUUUAAAAGUCGAAGCUUUCUGCCUUCUGCAAGAGCUAAGCAUAACAGAUUGUCCGAUGCUAACAAUGAAUCUACCAGAACACCUCCCGUCUUUAACGAAACUGGAGAUUAGAAAUUGUGAGAAGCUUCGAAGCUUGCUUCCGAGGACAACUAGCAUUUGCCAACUUAAUUUACGGAGAUGUGAUGCACUGCAAUUGGAGCCCUUGCCUUAUGGGCUUCAAAAGUUGCAAAUUCAAGAUUUGAAUAUUGAUGAUUACAUGUUGGAGAAGAUGGUGCAACACUGCAGUCGUCUUGAAAAGUUAACUAUGUUGGGUUGUUCUAAUCUCAGAACCCUUCCUGAAGGUAAGCUACCUGUUACUCUUAAAGAAUUGAACAUUGAAAGGUGUUCUGUCUUGGACUGUUCAAAAAUCCUCUUGUAUGCAUUCCUUGAAUCCUUGGUCAUAGAAGGCUUGAAGUCGAUUCGUGCAUUAAAGGAUUCUCACCAGCAUGUCACGUGUCUUAAUUAUUUGGAUAUCUACCAUUGCACUAAUUUUAUAUCUUUUCAAAUUGAAGAGGGAUUAUCUGUUACCAAUUUGAGUUCACUUACACUUUGGAAUUGCAUGGCUUUAAAAUCAUUGCCUGAGCAAAUGCGCUCCCUCUUCCCAUCCCUUAGGCAUUUGUCAAUACGGUAUUGUCCAGAAAUAGAGUUGUUUCCUGAAGAAGGUUUAUCCUCCAAAUUAAAAACUUUUGAAAUCGGAAGAUCCGACAAGCUAAUUGCAAGCAUGAUGAGGAGAGCAGGGGGUUUGCAGGCACUCACUUCACUUAGAGGUUUUGAACUCUCAGGUGCAGAAGUAGAGAUAGUGUGUUUUCCAGAUGAACAUAUGUUGCCCUCUUCUCUUACAUCUCUCACCAUCUCCGAUCUUCCAAUCCUCAAGUUUUUGAAUAGUAAGGCCUUUCAACACCUCGCCUCUCUUCGGGAAUUGAUUAUCGACAGCUGUCCGAAGCUCCAAUCCAUGCUGGAAAAGAGUCUCCUUACCUCUAUUUCUCAUUUGUCCAUUAACAAUUGUCCCUUGCUAAGAAAACGUUGCAAAAAGGAGAAAGGCAAAGACUGGCCCAACAUUUCCCACAUCCCUGUCAUUCACAAUCAUGGAGAACUCAUAAUGUAGCAAGACUCCGAAGAAUUGUGACUAAAAUGUUUCAAUUUGCCAUUAUUAAAGCAGUAUA